AUGAAAGCCAUUCAGAGAUAUACUUACUACCUCUAGAACUAUCCUUUAAGCACAAGAAUGAUUUCAGCAGGUGUUACUGCUAGUGUGGGAGAUUUUUUAUGCUAAGCCCUUUUCAUAAAAUAUUAACUUUAAGAAGAAUUCUGCUUUUAAAGAACAUGGAAAUUCUUUAUAAUUGGAUCUUUGAAUUUCGCACCAGCACUUCAUAUAUGGUUUUCGAAGAUUCUUCCAAGAAUUGUACCUCAGACUGAUUCUAUUGGUAUUUUAAAGAGAGUUGUCGCUCACGCACUAUUAUUUAUGCCUUUCAUGAAUGUGACUUUUUUCCCUUUUGCAAAUUUCCUUGAUGGGAAAUCCUUUGAGUAAUCAAUCGCUGAUAUGAAGUAGAAGUGUAUUCCAGCAUUACUAUUCAGUUGGAAACUAUGGCCUUUGGUACAGCUAAUUAAUUUCACAUUCGUGCCUCCCAUGUAUCAUGUUCUUUUCACAAAUUUCAUUCAGAUAUUUUUCAAUGGAUAUCUAUCAUAUUUGCACAAUAGCUACAACAAAAUUCAUCAUAUCAAAAAUGAUAGACAUGAAAUUGAAAGUCUUAAUGAAAAUUUAGAAAAUUUGAACUUGCGAUGA